AUGACAACUCUGGCGUGGUGUACACUGAGCCGUGUGCCAAGUUCUGUCUAUAAAUACCUGUUGAAACGCGACCCUCGACACAAUGAUCCUCCUGUACCAUCCCGUCAUCGUCACCAUCACUAUAUCCCGCCAGGCUUGUUACCAUUACAUCCCGCUGCCGCCUCUGUCACAACAGGCAUCAAGUGUCACCAUGAACACCUCUCGCCCCCUCCCCCCCCUCCAUCACAAUCACCCCCACCCCUGGCACCGCAGCCACACCACCAUCCCGCCCGCGCCGCAUCCCAGCGCCCUUCCCUCCCACAAGGCCAGCUGACUUACACUCCCAAUCUGCCCAUAUCAACAAACCCAAAGCCAAGAGCAAUACUUUUCAUCCCCGCGCGAUACAGGCGCCUUCCCGUGAUUGCUUAUCUCCUGCUGAUGAAGAUAUAUCACCUGUACAUUCUAAGCCUUAAAAUACCCGUGCGCUUCACCUGGCCGCCGCGCCCCCGCCCAUACAUCCCCGCGCGGACCUCUCCCUGCCCCCGUCGCCCUAAACCACCAGGUAUCCCCAGCAUCACCCUCAAUCACCCUGGGUGCCACAAAAUGUGCCCCGUGCCACCUCGGGCGCACAAUACAUAUCCGAGGUGCCACACUAAUCUAACCUACUGGCACACCACCCAAUGCGCGCUACGAGAGCCGCACCAUGGCACCAUACUUAGAAUACCGCCCCACCAUGGCUACACCUGGAGCGAGACACCUGCACCCACGAGGAGCCAACAAAGCGGCGGCGGCGGCUGA